GGCAGCCCCGGCCGCUCCGAGGCCCCGCAGUUAUGGCGGCGGUGGCGCUGGCUCUGCGGAGACGCGGGAUGCGCUUCCGGUGGCGGAUUUGGGCCUCUGCGGGCGGGGUGCGGGGCGCGGCGGGAGGCGCAGCAGCAGGACAACAGGACUACGAUCUCCUGGUAAUUGGCGGGGGAUCUGGUGGCCUGGCUUGUGCCAAAGAAGCUGCUCAGCUGGGAAGGAAGGUGGCCGUGGUUGACUAUGUGGAGCCUUCUCCCCGAGGCACAAGAUGGGGCCUUGGUGGCACCUGCGUCAAUGUGGGCUGCAUCCCCAAGAAGCUGAUGCAUUAUGCUGCGCUGCUGGGGCACAUGAUCCAGGAUGCCCACCACUAUGGCUGGGAGGUGGGACAGCCCAUCCUACAUGACUGGGAGAAAAUGGCCGAAGCUGUACAAAACCACGUGAAAUCCUUGAACUGGGGCCACCGUGUCCAGCUGCAGGACAGAAAAGUCAAAUAUUUUAACAUCAAAGCCAGCUUUGUCAACCAGCACACAGUUCGUGGCAUCACAAAAGGAGGGAAGGAAAUGCUGCUCUCAGCUGAACACAUAGUCAUUGCUACUGGAGGGCGGCCAAAGUACCCCACGCAUAUUGAAGGUGCCCUGGAAUAUGGAAUUACAAGUGAUGACAUCUUCUGGCUGAAGAAAUCCCCUGGCAAAACGUUGGUGGUCGGGGCCAGCUAUGUAGCCCUGGAGUGUGCUGGCUUCCUCACAGGGAUUGGCCUGGACAUCACUGUCAUGAUGCGAAGCAUCCCACUCCGAGGCUUUGACCAGCAAAUGUCUUCUUUGGUCACAGAGCACAUGGAGUCUCAUGGCACCCGGUUCCUGAGAGGCUGUAUCCCUUCCCGCAUUAGGAAGCUCCCAGAUGGUCAACUCCAGGUCACCUGGGAGGAUGGCAUCUCUGGCAAAGAGGACAUGGGCACCUUUGACACAGUCUUGUGGGCCAUAGGUCGAGUCCCAGAAACCAGAUGUCUGAACCUAGAGAAGGCAGGAGUGAAUAUCAACCCCAAGAAUCAAAAGAUUGUCGUGGACUCCCAGGAGGCCACCUCCAUCCCCCACAUCUACGCUAUUGGAGAUGUUGCUGAGGGACGACCUGAGCUGACACCCACAGCCAUCAUGGCAGGAAGGCUCCUGGCUCAGCGGCUCUUCGGGCAGUCCUCAGACUUGAUGGAUUAUGACAAUGUUCCCACGACUGUGUUCACUCCACUGGAGUAUGGCUGUGUGGGGCUGUCAGAAGAGGAAGCUGUAGCCCGCCAUGGACAGGAGCAUGUUGAGGUUUAUCAUGCGUAUUAUAAACCUCUGGAGUUCACAGUGGCUGAACGGGAUGCAUCCCAGUGUUACAUAAAGAUGGUGUGCCUGAGGGAGCCCCCACAGCUGGUGCUGGGCCUGCAUUUCCUCGGUCCUAAUGCCGGUGAAGUUACUCAAGGAUUCGCUCUGGGGAUCAAGUGUGGGGCUUCCUACGCACAGGUGAUGCGGACAGUAGGUAUCCACCCCACCUGCUCUGAGGAAGUAGUCAAGCUGCGUAUCUCCAAGCGUUCAGGCCUGGACCCCACAGUGACUGGCUGUUGAGGUUAAGCUGCCCUCCCUGCAAGGCUAUGGGUACACAAUAUGCCAUCUCACCUGCCAGUCUUCACAGAGGCCCACAUCCAGGACUGGAAGGCCAGAUCUGGUGAACCUUGGCCUCUUCCUAGAGAGCUGGGAGAUGUCGAAUGGAGCAGCAGCGUGACUGUGCAGAUGACCCGUGUGCCCUGCAGGGAUGGCUCUAGGGGCAGUCAGUCCCAUGCCUGCACCUUCGCCCUUCUUCUGGCCCCCCAGGUCCCCAGUGCCAGUUGAUGAUGGCCUGGGCAGAAACCCACCCUGUGGGCAGUCCAUGUCUGAACUCCCUGGCAUUUCUGGAGUGCAAAUAAAGAGGGUGUUUUCCUAA